AAGAAAAUCGAAAUGCAAAGGUUAGGUCUAAGCUGAUCGAAAAGACUGAUUUCGGCUUUUUAACCAAUGAGAGAAGUUCUGCUUUUUCUUUCCCGAACGGCAAACCUGUCAUGUAAUAUUGGGAUGAUAUUAAGGAAAAUUGCUAUAGCCUGCAGGUAUCUGCAGAAACUAUUACACCCUCUCCCUGUCUGUUAAAAAGCAUCAUUCCAUGGUGCUUAUAUUUUAACGUCCAAUCAAGUGCCUUUUUAAAUCCUGCCUAUUAUAUAAAGCAAUAAUUUUAAUUAGUUAAAUAUUAGGUGCUUUUAAUUAAGUAAUGAUACAUGAAUAUGAAACGCUUUCGUCGACGCAUGUCUCACACCUUUCAAGGGCAGAAAACAAACAGCGACAAUGGUCUUUCAAAUCUCGCAGAACGUCUUUCAUUACAAGAAAAUGGUGACAUAAAUAAAAAUGGGGGUCAUCGUUUGACUCUUUUUGAAAAAGCCAGUAGGCGUUUCUCUUUUUCUACAUCAAGAAUAAUGGAUUUCCAAAACAGUACUUCAUCCAUAUCUCAGUCUCCAAGCCUUCCAGAGUCAAAUUCUGUGAUAGAUCAAGUUAGUUAUUUCGAGAAAAGAAGGAAAAGGUCCAUACAGAGUGGGCUGUUUAGGAAAUUUAAAGGUGUAGUUCAUGAACAUCCCAGAAUCGGUUCAGAUGGAGAGAGUGAGGAAGCAUCUGGUGCCUCUGACGAAGUAGUUUCCCCGGUCAAGCGUCGGUCUAGGUCCCGGCAUGUCAGUCAACAUGAUAUUAGUAAACGGCUCUCCCUCCCUGCCGAUGUACACCUUCCAGAAAGUUUUCUUGCCAAACAGACAGUCAGUCCGACGUUGGAGGGUCCUAUUAGUAGGACGCUCAGAAGGCAAUCUCUGUCAGAAAUAGGUUUUGGUAGAAUAGAAUCUUAUGUGAAACUUCAUAAGCUUGGUGAGGGUACUUAUGCAACUGUUUAUAAAGGUAAAAGCAGACUGACUGAUAAAUUAGUUGCGCUGAAAGAAAUCAGACUAGAGCAUGAAGAAGGAGCACCCUGCACUGCCAUUAGGGAAGUUUCAUUGCUGAAAAAUUUAAAGCACAAUAAUGUAGUUACACUCCAUGAUAUCAUUCAUACUGAAAAGUCCCUUACCUUAGUUUUUGAAUAUUUGGAAAAAGAUCUGAAGACAUAUUUAGAUGAAUUAAAAUCUCUUCUUAGCUUAGAUAUUGUAAAACUUUUUCUUUUUCAAUUGCUGCGAGGUCUUGCUUACUGUCAUCGGCGGAAAGUUCUUCACAGAGAUCUGAAACCACAAAAUAUACUAAUAAAUGAUAAAGGAGAAUUAAAAUUGGCUGACUUUGGUCUUGCAAGAGCAAAAUCUGUACCCACCAAAACAUUUUCAAAUGAAGUAGUUACAUUAUGGUAUAGGCCACCAGAUGUAUUGUUAGGUUCAACUAAUUAUUCUACGUCAAUAGAUUUAUGGGGUGUCGGAUGUAUAUUCUUUGAAAUGGUGACGAAGAAACCUCUCUUUCCCGGGUCGUCUGUCGAUUGGCAGUUGGGACUUAUAUUUGACCUGAUGGGUCCCCCUUCAGAGGACGUGUUUGAGUGUCUGAAAAACAAUGAAGAAUAUCUGUCAAUAAAGAAUGUACAGAAGUUUGAAUAUGAUGACGUCAAAACACUGGAAGAUAGGUGCAGGCGCCUUGAUUCUACUGGCAUUGACCUCAUGUACGAGUUGUUGAAAUAUGAUCCUAAAGAUAGGAUAAGUGCUUUUGCAGCAAUGAAGCAUCGUUAUUUUGAUAGCUUAGGGCCUGAAGUCCACAAACUUGCCGAUACUGCAUCAAUAUAUUCAGUGCCAGGCAUAAAUUUUCCUUUAUCAAUAGCACAAAGGAGAUCCAAGAUAAACCCUGUUAACAGUGCAAAGUCACAAGUCUUGUCAGCUUCUCAUUCUGGCAUUUGGGAAAGCAUGGAAUCUUGGGAAUCUCCAGACCAACCAAUUAAAGGAAGUCAAAGAAUUAGAAAUGAAAAUGAUAGGACAUGGAAGUCGACAACAUGAAAAUAAUUUUAACUUUCAAAACCAUUGCACAUUGUUGAGUUUUUUCAUCUUCUCCAAAUUGCUCCAACCAUGCCAGAUAUCAUUCUACAAUCAUGAUUAUCAUCGUCAUUGACUGAGCAAACUUCUCUAUUUCAUAUCCAUUCACAUAUCAAAUAUUUGGUGUAAAUUUUUACAAGUUAACAAUAUUUGAAGCUUAUAUUUUCUAUUCACUUGACAUACAUUUUUUUUUUUAAAUUUAGAUUUUAAGAUGUUUUUAUUUACUGUAUAUCCAGGUGUAUAAGUGGAUCCUUAUUUUUGAUUACAAGGUAGCAAGUUUCUAGUGUAUUGCAUUGCGUAUCUGGUAUGAGUUGAUCGCUGAACUAACCAAAUGUUGAAAAAAAUAAUAAAAAAAAUGUCAGAAGUUAAAAAACAUGAAAAAAUUAUUAAGUAAUAUUUAACAUGAGGAUGAAGUGGAAUUGAUUGCCGAGUGGGAUCCAUAUGACGAUGCUAAAUGAUGC